AUGUUAGGUCGUUGUUUAGGAAAGAAUCUUCUGCAAAAAAGUCUACAGAUCAUUCCAAUUUGUUUUAUGUCUUCAACGUCAUCAUCAUCAUCGAAUGAAAAUUUCACAAAUGAACUUAUUCGUCAACGCUUAACACCAUAUUUAGAUCAGACUCCUAGUUAUGUAGACGAAUUAUCUCAAAAUCUACCAAGAUUGAAACGAGCGCGUCGAGCAUCUGUUCUUAUUCCACUAUAUUGCAAUCAAACAACCAAUCGUAUUGAGGUUCUUCUCAUAAAACGAUCCGAAAAGAUGCGUUCUCAUACUGGAAUGGUUGGUUAG